CAGCUGGCCAAACACCUUCCACUGGUGGUUCUCUGGAAUAAUGGAGCUUGUGGAACAAGUUAAAGGAAUACUAGACACUUUCACUGAAAGAGUCUGUGUGAUUGUUUGCUUGAAAGAAGAUAUAAAGUAGCUGAAARAAAUUCUAGAAAGAAGAAUUUACCUCAAAAACCACACAAGAUAAGCAUUUGUAUAGCCUUGGCUAAUACCCUAAACUAAAGCUGUUUGAAAGGGAUUUUUUUCUGAGUGGCAUGAAAAAUGAAGAGUAAUGUGGUUAAAAUGGAUCUCCCAUACAGAAGUUCUAUGAAAGGUGAAUAUUCCAUUCAUUUGAAAUCAAGUCAUCCUGCUGUCAUUAGRAAUCUCAGCAGUUCAGCCUUGUGGAAGGAUUUAAAGGCAGCACUUCAACAAUAAUCGGAUUAGAAGGACUUGCAUAGCUCCAUGGUCUAAAAAAGAGAUAAAAGAAACCAGAGUUCAAACUUGCCACAAAGAAAGGCACUGAGUUGUGUGGUGCAGAAUCAACCCACAGCUCGGAGCCUUUGAUUCUGACAAUCACCUGAAGUAGGGAUGCCUGCAGACUUCAAUGGGUACUGGAAAAUGGUCAGCAAUGACAAUUUUGAGGAGUAUCUGAAAGCACUGGAUGUAAAUGUUGCUGUAAGAAAAAUAGCAAACUUGCUAAAGCCUGACAAAGAAAUCCUUCAGAACGGGGAUCAUAUGAUCAUUAAAACACUAAGCACUUUUAGAAACUACAUCAUGGAAUUUGAUGUGGGAAAGGAGUUUGAGGAGGAUUUAUCUGGGGUGGAUGAUCGCAAGUGCAUGACCACYGUGUCUUGGGAUGGAGAUAAGCUGCUUUGUGUGCAGAAUGGAGAGAAAGAAGGCCGUGGUUGGACCCAGUGGAUUGAAGGAGAUGAAAUGCACCUGGAAAUAAGAGUGUGUGGAGUCACGUGUAAGCAGGUCUUUAAGAAGGUACAGUGAGCCUACUGCUGAUACAGAACUGAAGAACAGUAGAAUUUACAGACUUGCCACCAAAUCUCCAAAUGCUACUACUGAAUAUCAUCAGUGACAAGAGCAAACACAGAAAUGAAGAUCGCAUUACAACUGUGUAGUUAGAAUAAAAUWUUUUUAGGAAAUAAUUUUGAAAAAAGUCUGCAAAUAAAACUAUUUUUAGAAAUGYCAAUUAAA